AUGCUGGGGCUGUGCUGUGCUCCAGCCGGCACAGUCGCAGGAGGGCUGUGCUCCCGGACACCCAGGAUGAGGCUGCUCUUCCCUGCCCUAGUGCUGGCCCUGCUUGCCACCACCCAUGCUGCAGAAGACUCCUGCGAGGGCCGCUGCGAAGAAGGCUUCGAUGCAGGGCGCAAGUGCCAGUGUGACACCCUCUGUGUGUACUACCAGAGCUGCUGCAGCGACUACUCCACCGUCUGCAAAGCCAAAGUGACCCGGGGAGAUGUCUUCGCCUUGCCGGAGGACGACUACCUGGACUAUAACCUCACUAUCGACUUUGUCACGGACAAGGCACCCGUGGCAGACCCCACAGAGCUGCCCACAUCCCCAGUGCUGGUGGACACCACGCCACAGAGCAAGCCAAUCCCUGAGGAGACAGAGGUGCCUGCCACCACCCCAGGUGGGUCCGAGGAGCCUGAGGAGCUGUGCAGCGGGAAACCUUUUGAUGCCUUCACUGACCUGAAGAACGGUUCCCUUUAUGCAUUCCGAGGGAAGUACUUCUAUGAGCUGGACAAGACCAGCGUGAGGCCUGGCUACCCCAAGCUCAUCAGUGACGUCUGGGGCAUUGAGGGCCCCAUUGAUGCAGCCUUCACACGCAUCAACUGCCAGGGCAAGACUUACCUCUUCAAGGGCACCCAGUACUGGCGCUUUGAUGAUGGAGCCCUGGACCCUGGAUACCCACGGGACAUCUCCGAGGGCUUUGAGGGCAUCCCCGACAAUGUGGAUGCAGCGUUCGCCCUCCCCGCCCACAGCUACCAUGGCAAUGAAAGAGUCUAUUUCUUCAAGGACAAGUACUACUGGUCCUAUGACUUUGCCCAGCAGCCCACACAAGCUGACUGUGAGAAGUCCUCCCCCUCCACGGUGUUCAAGCACUACGCCUUCAUGAACAGGGGCAGCUGGGAGGAUGUUUUCCAGCUCCUCUUUGGCAGCAGGAUGCCCGGGGCAAACGGCCCGUGGUACAUCAGCCGGGACUGGCGGGGGGUGCCCAGCCGGCUGGACGCUGCCAUGGCCGGCCGGAUCUACGUGGCCUCCCACCAGCCCCGGAGGAGGAAGUCUCGCCGCCAGCACAAGAGGUACAACCUCCACGGGUCACUGAAUUUGGGAUUAUGGAGCUGGCUGCAAAAUGACCCCGACUCAGCAGGUGUUGAAAGUGAUGGGCUGUCGGGCUCCACGUGUGAGAUGCUCCAGAGUGUCUACUUCUUUGUAGGAGACAAGUACUACCGUGUCAACCUGCGCACCAAGCGCGUGGACCUGGUGCGGCCACGCUAUCCCCGCUCCAUCGCCCAGUACUGGCUGGACUGCCCCCAGCCCACGGAGGAGAGCACCUGA